AUGCGAGCACGUACAGAUCCUGCAUUCUCUGAUUUCUUGCUUGCUUUAGGGGACGGCCGUAUGCAAACAGAAGAGAUAGCUGACAUUCAUCUACCAAGACAACUGGUUGUGCCAUUUGAGGAUGAAAACUACUCUCUGGACCAACUUCUCAGCCAAAUAUUCCCGGAACUGACCGCAGGUGGUUUCAGUUCAAGCAUCUUCGCUGAACGUGCAAUCUUGACUCCCCUCAACGAUGAUGUUGAUGAGAUAAAUACUCUGCUAAUUGAAAAACACCCAGGUCAGGCUGUAACCUACAAGAGUUUUGAUGUGUUAAUUGAUGAAAAUUGCAAAAUUUACACAACUGAAUUCCUAAACACUUUAUGCCCCGGAGGAAUGAGUCCACAUGAAUUGGUUCUAAAGGAAAAUUGCCCCGUUAUUCUGCUGAGGAACCUUGCUCCAGCCUCUGGCUUAUGCAAUGGGACACGACUCAUAUGCAAAAGAUUCUACCCCAACAUGAUUGAGUGUGUAAUUGCAACUGGCCAUCAUACUGGUGAAUAUGUAUUUCUGCCACGCAUUGACUUGCGGCCCUCUGCCUCAACUAAUUACCCGUUCCAGUUCCAGCGAAAACAAUUCCCAAUCAAGCUUUGUUUUGCUAUGACAAUCAACAAAGCCCAGGGACAAACACUCACUCAAGUAGGGAUAUACCUUAGAUGA